AUGGUCGUUGCGGUUACUCAACGGGCAAGCCCAGCGAGCUUUACCAAUUUACUCACAGCGACCGACGACCUGGACCGUUCUGCGAAGACGAAGGCAAGCAAGAAGCUCUCCGUGCGCCAGGGUGUCCAGAUUCCUCGCACGAGGUUCAAGAGACUGGUGACCGAAAUCCAGGGCUACAUGCAGGACGAGGGUGCUCUCCAGAUGGUCUGGAAACUGGACCCAGAACCCUACGUUGCAUUGCAAACCGCGGCGGAAAGCUUUAGCGGCUUUAGCGUCGACAAGUUCAAAAGCUUUGUUUUCGCGAGGUUGAACAGCAAUCGGAACAGGUCGACAAACACGGUGGACAUGCACAACAACUGGGUGAACCACAAGAUCAUGAUUCUGAUCGCCCUCUCUUGUUCGAUCCUCUACUGGCUGCUGCUUUGGUAUUUGUCCUGCAAGUCGUUGCACAAGAGCAACAUGCUCGACAUCUACUCAGCCUGUGAGUCCGGCUCUGUUACGGAGGUCCGGUCUGUGAUGCGGCGCCUGACAAACAGUCCCGCGGUUUGUCUCAACGUGAACAGCCCCGACGUGGAUGGGAACACCCCGCUUAUGUUGGCAGCUGGCAAAGGCCACGCCGAUGUCUGUGCAUUGCUGAUCAAGGAGGGUGCUCGAGUGGAUGUCCGACGCUUCAAGGACAACAGGAAGCUCCGAACCUUCACGGUGCCAGCACUUCGGCGGCGGUGGACCGCGCUACACCUGGCGGCGGCCCGUGGUCACCUGAAGGUUGUCCAAGUGCUGUUGGAGGGCGCGGGGCUGCUGAACUCCGCUCGGCCAUCUUCUCCGGCAGCCGCCGGACAAGAGUUGGAUGGUGUGGCAAUCGGCUUUCGGGACAUCGUUGGGCAAACGCCUUUGCACAUCGCCGCACGGCACGGUUAUCCCCUGAUCUGCUGCUUUCUGGCGCAUCAUGUGCCAAGCUGGAAAGAUGUGAUGGACAUUAACAACUGCCGGCCAGUGGACGUUGCAUGGUCCGGUGAGGUUAGCGAAGCCAUCUCGACCCCAAGCACGGAGUUACUCACGGAGGCAGGUGGCGAGCUUGCGCGGGUCCCACUGCUCCCAGGUGCUGCUGCGGUGAGCGGUGAAGAGGCAUGGCCUCAGGUGCAGUUGGCUAUUGCCCGCUCCUCCGCCAAAGAGCAACUUCUGGCACCCGGCCUCUGCUCCUACAUUGCCAGCAGUUGCGGGGGCGCUUUGGGCCGCGUCUUCUUGACCCACGCGGAGCCCAAUGAAUUGGACCAGCACGGCGUCAGUGUUCUGACCGACAUCUCAGAAGGCUCUGAGGUGAGCAGCUCCUUUUCGCUGGCGGCUUUACCGGUUCUGGAUUCCAACCCGCCAGAUGCCCCAAGCAUGGGAGACCUCUGUCCAGUCAAUCCCCAGCAGCAGCCAGUAGAGUGGUGGCUCAAGAUGGCCCAGGACUCCUCGCCGACUCCGGCUUCCGCUUCUACUUCACGGGGAUCCAUCUUUGCAAGGCUUCCGCCGGAGUCCAUCCUUGGGGAGGGCAGCUACGGGGUGGUCUGGCGGGCACUGGACCGCCAGACGAAGAAGCUCUAUGCCGUGAAGAACAUCCGUCAGAAGCAGAAUACCUCCGACGUCUCGCGGCGUGAGUUCGAGGUGGCGGACCACAUCCGCAUGAAGCCGCAUCCCUGCAUCGUCCAGCUCUUCUUGGUUCACAACUAUCAGGAUGCCGGUCUGUAUGUUCUAGUCAUGGAGCUUUGCCCAGGAGGAGACCUUUUGGGACGAAUCAAGGCGAGUCGAAAUCGACUUGGGCCAAGGCGAUACGAAGCCCCUCCGCAAGCGAUUCCAUGGAUCGCACAAGUCUUCUUGGGACUGGAGCACAUGCACAAGCGCAUGCUGACACUGCUAAGAGACCUAAAGCCGGAGAAUGUCGUCCUAAGCUCCGAAGGCUGCGCCAAGCUGACGGAUUUUGGCUUCGGCCGGUUCGGCGUUGAGUCUGUCGGGAUUUGGUCCUUUGGCGUCCCGACGGGCAGUCCUGGAUAUGUCGCACCAGAAGUCCUGGCACAGCAGACCUACGACUACAGAGCGGACCUCUACUCCCUUGGAGUCCUGGUCUGGGUGCUUUUGACUGGCGGGCUGCUGAACAAGGCAGAUCCACUGCCUCCCAUGGGGAAGAUGCGCUACGCCGGAGAUUUCCAGGCGCACUUGAAGGAUUGCGAGAUGCUCAAGCGCUGUCUCGAGCAGCCGGAAUCCAACGGUGCGCGCCGGAUGCGCCCUAUGGAGCAGGAUUUCGUGGCCAAGCUCAUUCCAAGGCAACCUUUGGAACGACUCUGUCAUCAAGAUAUCCGUGAGCACCCCCUCCUCAACGGCCAGCUGCCAACCUAUUCGGCUACUUGGGCCGAAGUGACAACUUGGACCCGAGCUCAGGGGGGCGCCGCCGCCGCCGGAGCUUAG